GUCAUAUCCGGCCUCGGCGUGCUCUCCGCUGUCGGCUGCCAGGAUUGGGCGCCCAGUCCAUUCCAAGAUCCAGCUGUGCUGUCGGCCCUUUGUGAUCGCCUUGUCCUCCCGAAUCUCUCUUUGCGUGAGACCGACUUGCGGCUCUUCCACGAAGAUCUGCAGGAGUUCAUCGCACGCGACGUGGAGGGCUCCGACCGCGACACCCGGCGCUGGGCUGCGGUGGACUUGGUCAGAUCCCUUCGACGUCGCCACGACAAAGAGGUGUGC